UCACACAUUCAGUUGGAGGAGACGGUGUUUUUCUUACCCCCUUUGCUCCCUUGCCCCCUUAUAAAAAAGGCUUCUAUCUCAGGGACCCUUUAGGAUGACUAUUAAACGAUAUGAUUAGUGUUGCAUAAAUGUGUCAUGUAAUCCCUGGUGUGGUUGCCCUAGCUGUUUUUAUGAUAUUUCUUUUUUGCAAUAAACGCGAUUUUGUGUAUCACUCGUUGCUUGGAAGAACAGAGAAAAUACUUGUGUAUGAAUAUAUGCCCAACAGAAGCCUUGAUACCAUUAUUUUCGAUUUUGAGAGAAAGAAAGAGCUGGAUUGGGGAAAGAGGUUCAAGAUUAUCAAUAGAAUCGCUCGAGGCUUACAAUACCUCCAUGAAGAUUCUCAACUGAAGAUAGUUCACCGUGACCACAAAGCGAGCAACGUACUGCUAGAUUUGGAUUUCAAUCCCAAAAUUUAUGAUUUCGGCCUAGCAAAGAUAUUCGGAGGGGAUCAAUUAGAGGAUAUGACUCGUCGUAUCGCCGGAACAUACGGAUACAUGGCGCCUGAAUACGCCAUGCGCGGUCAGUAUUCCAUCAAGUCGGACGUGUUUAGCUUCGGCGUCUUGGUCUUAGAGAUCGUCACCGGCACAAGAAACAGUGGCUCGUGUAACACUGAGCAAGACGUCGAUCUCUUGAAUCUUGUAUGGGAGCACUGGACUCGGGGAAACGUCAUCGAGCUGAUCGAUCCAUCCCUGAGCAACCGUCCUCCCGUCGACCAGAUUCUCAAGUGCAUCCACCUCGGGCUCCUGUGCAUGCAGAGAAAACCGGCGAGCAGGCCGGCGAUGUCGUCGGUGAAUAUCAUGUUCAGCAGCCACACUGUCCGUCUCCCUUUUCUGUCCAGGCCGGCGUUCUGGAUCCAGGAGGUCAGCGUCAAUCAAAGCUCAACUGCGUACUCGGAAGCCUAUCCGCUCACAGAAAAAUCAACUGUGAUGUCUUCGAACGAAGUGUCGAUCACGGAGCUUUCGCCCAGAUGAGUCUUCCAGCUCCAGCUUUGGGAGCAGUUUGCUGAACAAUAUUUGCACACUAUUUUGAUUUCUGGAAAUGAUACUGAUGUGAGUAGAAGUGCUAAGCUGCAAUGCUUAGGGACUGAAACUAGUGGGACGUCACUGCAUCAUAGAAAUCAA